AUGGCAAAAUCACUCCUCGAAUGCAAGUUUGUCCUUCUAUUUGGCCACCGGCAAAGUGGCAAGACAACAAUUACACACUCCACAGUGUCAUAUCUGCAAAAUAUUUCGCAAAAUAUCCAAGUUCCUGGUUAUGAACAAACCGGUUUUGAGGUAUAUUACAUAUCUUUCCAAAGCGGUAUUGAAUUUGGAAGCACACCACGAUUCUGGUGGUCGCUAUGUGCGACAUUGAUGGCCAAGGACAACUCACAGUUCAAGUUCGAGGAUUCUAGCCAAAGUGCAUCAUCAGCCACAUUCUUGUCGUUCUUUUCAAAGCGUCCAAAGAGUCGACAAAAGCCUAUGAUGCUCAUUAUCGAUGAAGCUUCUAUGCUGUAUGAGAUCAAAGACACCCCCGGUGGAAUUGUUGAUCAGUUCAUUGGUACAUUACGGGCCAUCAAAGAUGACAUUACAGGUUGCUGUCUGCACUCUAUUGCUCUUGUGGGUACUGUGUCAGUAAGAGAUGUUCUGAUCAGCCGACAAGUAAAAUGUCGAUCAAUUUAUUCACCGUUUUUGGAGGAGGAAUCUUACAAGUCGUCUCGUUUUUCUCAAAAUGAAGUUCAGGAUCUUCUGAAUCAGUUUGUAUCUGUCAAAAAAAUCGAACUCGACGUUAAUGAAAUUGCUAAUGACAUCUAUGAACUCACUUUUGGACACAAAGGACUUGUCGGCAUUUGUGGAAACUUUAUUGAGAACACACUAUUGAAGUGCAGCCGUACAGUGUCAUUUCAGGACUGGAAUAAAAACGCAACUAAACUGAGAACAUUCGUAUGGGGGAAACCAACUUAUUAUUCAAUCAUGCGAGCUAUCACAGUCCUCACAUCAGCCCCGAGAAACACUCUCGUGUUUCAACACUUUUUUACAUUGAAUCUUUCUGUGCAACACAUAUUUGCCAAACAAACAAGAAAUGUCGCCAGUAAACCAUCAGAAUAUUCAUUCCAGGCAGAAUUUGUCACCGUGAUCAAGAAUCUGCUUGGUUCAGCUUACCCAGACCUGCUCUACCGUGUUCCACCGGAAGUGAAAGAAUGUCAUGAUAAUGGCAACUGGCGACGCCGCCUAGACAUUCUAAUGUGUGAUACCAAUCUGCCUAGAUAUGGGUUUGAACUUGUGGUAGCUGCUGACCAAGCCAACUUCGAUAAGCAUAUGGAUAAUGCUGAUGAGUAUGGUGAACUUCAUAAUUGUAAGAUGUAUUUGAUCAAUUUGUGCACCAGAGAAGAUCUUACCAACUACUUCGGAAAAACAUUGAUUCAGAAACGUGUAACUCCUGUCCAUGUGUUGUAUGAACUCAAAGGGAAGGCAUCUUUGAUUUACAAACACCAAACAAUUUCCGUAUUAAUCACCAGCGCGACAUGGUCAGUGAUAUUCGAUGACACACCAGUUAAUUCUCUUGAAUGGUAG